GACUCGCUUCACAGCUCAGUCCGCCACCAUGAGCUCCUCGCAGGACCCAAGGAGUCCACCCACCGACAGUGACGAAUCCAGGAUCCUUUAUUACGAUCCGACCGACCCGUUCUGGCGAGAUCCCUCAGAUGAUGACGACAUGGACUCUGCGCCGGGUAAUGAAGGGCACCACGAACAUGAUGAUGAUGAUGAUGAUGAUGAUGAGGGCGACACCAGUUUUCACGAUGCUGCUGAGCGACUAAGUAAUCUCAGUGGCGUUGAGAUCGCAUUUGAACACACUGACGAUAAUGGCGAAGGUGAGGAAGAUAACGAUGAUGAGGAAGACGAAGACGAAGAGGACGAAGAGGACGAAAAUGAAGAAGAGGAGGAAGACGAAGACGAACUGGACCUUACCCGACGACCAGUAAUGAUAACCCGCGACCAGAUCAUGCAGUUACUUGGGCAUGCUGGACUGGGACGUAUAUUUGCCACCGACUUCACUAGGCGAACUUUGCUUCGACAACGCAGACUCGACGAGGAUGAGGAGGAAGACAACGAUGGCAACAGCGAUCAGGGCACCGGCUACGACCCCGUUGUCCCUAGAGGAACUUGUGGUCGAAGGCGUCGCCCACGCGGCAGGGAUCUAUUAGAGAAGGUGCCCAGCGAACAAGACAUAGAGCUGAUGCAAACCGGAACUUUUGGCUCGAAUCCACGAAAAGAGGAUACCAUCAAGAGGAAGAAGAGGCUGGCCUACGAUAUCAUGAGGCGGGAGUUGGGGCUUGGCAGUGAUGGACGCCAGAAGAACGCCACGAGGCUAUUGAAGCAAAAUAUGAUACCCGAGUCAGUCGCCGACACAAUCAUUCACUAUAACGCACGGUGUUACUCGGGACAGUUCUCAGACGACGGCAACUUCUUCUUUUCCUGUGCACAGGACUUCAAAGUGCGCAUGUACGAUACCUCGAACCCUUAUGAUUGGAAAUACUACAAGACUGUCAGAUAUCAUGGCGGGCAAUGGACAAUCACCGAUGCUUCACUUAGCCCAGACAAUCGCUUCUUGGCCUACAGCUCAAUUAGAAGUAUAGUGUGUCUGGCACCCACCGAUCCGGAUGACGACUCGGAACCGCAUAUGCUCGACUUCAACAACACAGGCACCCGACAUCCGCGAGGGUUCCACUCACACUUUGGCAUCUGGUCGAUUCGUUUCUCAGGUGAUGGCCGCGAGAUUGUAGCAGGAACAGGUGAUAGUUCAGUAUAUGUCUACGAUAUUGAGCGAAGGCAGUCGGUGCUUCGGAUACCAGGUCACCAGGAUGAUGUCAAUGCCGUCUGCUUUGGUGACAGCCAGUCACCCCACAUUCUGUACUCUGGAUCCGAUGACACGACGCUCAAGGUCUGGGAUCGGCGAAGUAUGGGCGAUGGUCGCGAAGCUGGCGUUUUCCUUGGUCAUACAGAAGGCCUGACGUAUGUCGACAGUAAAGGAGAUGGUCGCUAUGUGCUCAGUAACGGAAAGGAUCAGACGGCAAAGCUAUGGGACUUGAGAAAGAUGAUGUCCAAAGAGAAGGCGGACCGGAUUGAUCCAUACGCAUACACUACGCGCUUCGAGUACCGCUCCAACGGCUAUGAUUACGACGACUUCCGCCCACAUCCACAUGAUUGCUCGCUCGUCACCUUCCGUGGUCACAAGGUCCUGAAGACGCUUAUCCGAUGUCACUUUUCGCCGCCUGGCAGUACAGACUCGCGGUACGUUUAUUCGGGUAGCUACGACGGUUCAGUAUACAUCUGGAACAUGGAUGCUACUCUUGCGGGCAAGGUCAAUGUGUUGAAGGCAACCAAGAAUUCGCGACCGCGUGACCCAGACCUACAAGUUGGAACGUACGAUUACUGGGGUAGGAAUGAAGGCAAGUGGAUGACUUGUGUCCGCGAUGCGAGCUGGCACCCCAAUGCGCCCAUGAUUGCUGCGACAUCGUGGAAUGGCUGGGGUACCUCGCAAGGAACAUGCACAGUUCACACGUGGAACGAUGGGGUAGAAGAGGAUGAGGCGGAGCCCAAGGUUGGCCGACGUGUCAAUGCACAGCUACAGCAUGACGAGCGGCUAUACAAGAGUGCCGAAGGUCGAUCGAGAAGACAUCCCAUCUGGUACGAUGACAUGAUGGACGACGAAUGAAGGCCAUGGCGGUAUGCGUGUGUUAUUUUUGUAUAGGGAUUUAGGGGCGUCUGGAGACG